UAGAAGAAACAAAGAAAUCAACAAGAGAAACGAUGGUGAAAACCUAUACUCACGAGUCUCUAAAAAUCAUUUAUUUGUUCGUGUUUGCAUUACUGAUUGUGAGAUUAAUUCCAUCAAAAGCUCAACCUCCAUAUUGUACUAUGGAAAGACGUGAUACUGAGUACUUUAAUUGCGUUGAUUCUCUCAAGUUGGGUACACCAUGGGUUCCUCCUUCCAAAGACUGCUGCGAAUAUAUACAAAUCGAUAAUAUGGCUUGCUUCUGCAAAGGCGCCAAUAGAUUAUUUUCAGCAGUUUUUGACCAAAAUAAGCUUUUCAAAAUCUCUCAUGCAUGCGGAGAUCUCUUAGUUCCGGGAUCAUAUUGCGGAAUUUUCAAGGUUCCAGGUGGUGUGUGAGAAAAGAUGGAUGUGCAUGUCAUAUUUUGUUUCUUUUCUUUGUAUAUCUCAAAUUUUAAAAUAUAUAUAUGACUAUAUCAUAUGGUUAAAAAUUAAAUAAGAUGGGCUUUAUGUCGAUAAUUGA